AACCGCUGCCAGUAGAGGGGAUGAGGCUCGUGCUGACAUCUGCUGCUCGAUAGCUGGAGCAGAAGUUGCUACACUUAGUGGAUGCCUUCUCCGCGGCCGCAGUAAAACUGGAAUAAACUUCCAUGGCGACUCUGCCGGCAGCGGAUAGGAGAGCGUUCGCUCUGAAAAUCAACAGACAUUCCUCAGCAGAAAUCCGGCGGCACUUCAGCGGGACCUAUGCCUCUCCACAGAACACCCUCCACCAGCGUCACAGCUCCAGCAACUCCGGAUCCUUCAUCUUCAACAUUCCCCAGUUCUACGACGCGGUGGAGCCCCUGGACCUGGAGGACUUCCUGAUGACGCAGCUUCAGAGCGGAGACUCCGCCCUCAUGCAGGAGCUGGGUGAUUUCCCCGACGACCAGCUUGAGGUGGAGCUCCUGGAGAGGGAGUGUCGGACGGUACAGCACUCCCAACCUGAGAAAGGGGUGGAGCUGGACCCUCAUGUCAGAGACUGUGUGGAGAGCUACACUCAGCCCUGGCUGGUUGUCAACAGGAGGUGCCAGGGAGACGGUUGGGGCGCUUACUCCGACAGGGCGGGGCUGCACAAGCUGCUGCAGAAGCAGACCUUCGAGUCCGACAUCCAACCAGAGAAGCAGGAGACGCCGGUGAAGUCGCCCUCCCUGGCGGUGCUGUGCGAUGACUCCUCCCGCACGCUGACGUCGUCCGACUUUGACCUGCGUGGCCUGCAGCCGGACGCCCGCGUGGAGAGCCUGCUGCGCUUCAGCAACCCCGACGACCUGGACCGCUUCAACCAGGAGACCCGCAACUCCAACCGCCACCCCGAGAUCUACGCCCUGUAUCCGCCCGUGGAGGAGGACGACGCUGUGGAAAUUCGGCCAAUCCCAGACUGUCCUAAGGAGCACAUCGGCCACAGGAUCCUCGUCAGGUGCCAAGCCAUAAAGUUUGAGAUUGAUAUAGAGCCUCUCUUUGCGACCCUGGCGCUGUACGAUUUGAAAGAGAAGAAGAAGAUCUCCGAGAACUUCUACUGCGACCUGAACUCGGACCAGAUGAAGGGGUACCUGCGCUCCCACACCCCUCAAAUAGACUCCUCCACCAUCUCCCGAGCGGCCAUUUUCUCCAUAACCUACCCCUCCCCCGACAUUUACCUGGUCAUCAAGAUUGAGAAGGUCCUGCAGCAGGGGGAGAUUGCGGACUGCGCUGAGCCCUACAUGGUGAUGAAGGAGAGUGACGCCGCUAAGAACAAAGAUAAGUUGGAUAAGUUGCGCAGUCAGACCGAGUCGUUCUGCAACAGACUGGGUCGGUACCGAAUGCCCCUGGCCUGGGCCACCGUCAACAUCAUGAACGUCAUCAGUACGGCUACUCUGGACCGAGACACCUCUGACACCGACAGCAUCAACGGGCGUGGCAACAUGGAGAGGCGGGGCCUCAUGCAAAGGAGGAACUCGGAUCGGUUCAGCUCUCUGGAGGACCAGUACAACCUGUCCGGAUUCAAACCCGCAACCAUCACCAUCAGCACCUUCUGCAAACAGGAGGGAGACCGUCUCAGCGAUGAAGACUUGUUCAAGUUCCUGGGCGACAUCAAGAGGUACUCCUCUCUGCAGAGAAGAAUAAAGACCAUAACAGGCACCAUUAAACUGGACCUGUCUCCCGCCCCGGACAUCCUCCCGGCCUGUUUGUCCACGGAGCUCAUCCCUGUCAGACCAGUGGCGGAGAAGAACCUGCGGCCCAUCAAAGAGGUGCUGGAGUUCCCCUCUCGCGAAGUGCACGUCCCGCACAGCAUCUACAGGAACUUUCUCUACGUUUAUCCGCAAAGACUGAACUUCGUGAACAGGCUGACGUCAGCCCGGAACAUCACCAUCAAAAUCCAGUUCAUGUGCGGCGAGGAUCCCAGCUGUGCCCUCCCGGUCAUUUUUGGAAAAUCGAAUGGCCCAGAAUUCUUGCACGAAGUGUACUCGCCCAUCACAUACCAUAACAAGUCUCCAGACUUCUAUGAGGAGGUGAAGAUCCAGCUCCCAGCCAAGCUGACAGACAAACACCACCUGCUCUUCACCUUUUAUCACAUCAGCUGCCAGUCCAAGCAGAAUCAGGCUGGCAACGUGGAGAAUCUCAUCGGCUACACUUGGCUCCCCAUGGUGAACAACGAGCAGCUUCAGACGGGACAUUUCUGCCUCCCCAUCGCCCUGGACCGGCUACCACAGCAGUACUCUUUCCAGUCACCAGAGAAGGUGUCCCCACAGACAGGAGUGAAGUGGAUGGAGAGUCAUAAGGGCGUGUUUAACCUGGAGCUGCAGCCUGUGUCGUCUGUACACACGGAGGACAAGCACCUGCAGCGCUUCUUCACGCUGUGCCACGCCCUGGGCGGUCAGGUGACCUUCCCCAUCCGCGUGCAGGACGAGAAGGUGCCGGAAGCCAAGCUGGAGCACGAGCUGAAGCUGAGCAUCAUCUCGCUGUCCUCGUCCUGCCUGGAGCCGCUGGUGCUGUUCCUGCACCAGGUCCUGGACAAGCUCUUCAGACUCAUCCUGCAGCCCAUGGUCAUCGCCGGGCAGACCGCUAACCUGGCACAGAUCGCGUUUGAAUCCGUGGUGUCGAUAGUCAACAGUCUCCACAACAGCCAGGAGCUGGCCAAGGACCAGCAAGGAAGGAACUGUCUCCUAGCAACUUACCUCUACUAUGUGUUCCGUCUGCCAGACACCCUACAUGUGACCCAGAGUGCAGGCUCAGGGACCCUGCCGGCUCCAGAUGUGCGUUAUAACACAGUGGGCCGGUCGUCGGCGGCAACGGUGGGGAGCAGGCUGCUGAUGUCACGCCACCGCAGCAGCAGCAACCCCGAUAUCCCCGUCCCCCAAAACGCCGAUGACGAGGUCGACAGCAUCCUGUCCAGCAAGUCCGCCAAUCACCAGAGCAACCGCAUGUCCACUUUACCUGACCUCACCAACUAUUUCCAAAAUGCAAGAACUGGAAAUAAAAAGCAGUUCCAUGAGGAGCUGGCUCUACAGAUGGUGGUCAGCACUGGUGUGUGUCGGGAGAAUACCUACAAAUACGCCUGGUUCUUCUUUGAGCUGCUGGUGAAGAGCAUGGCUCAGUUUGUCUCUCUCCUGGAGAAGCACGGUGUCCCCCGUAAGGGCCGGUUCUCAGACCGUUUCAAAGAUGACAUCACCACCAUCGUGAGCGUGGUGACCGCGGAGAUCGGAACCAUUCUGGUCAAGCAGAAGGAAAUAGAGCAGGCAGAAAAGGUCAACAUCAGCCUGGCCUUCUUCCUGUACGACCUGCUGUCACUCAUGGACCGAGGGUUCGUGUUCCAGCUGGUGAAGAACUACUGCAACCAGAUGUCGGCGAAGAGCGUGUCGAUGCCCACCCUGAUCACCAUGCGUCUGGAGUUCCUGAGGAUCCUGUGUAGUCACGAGCAUUACCUGAACCUCAGCCUCUAUUUCACCAACCCCGCCUCCGCCCCCGCCUCGCCCUGUCCGUCAGUGUCCUCACAGGCCUCCAGUUCCUGUUCCAGUUUCCAGGACCCUAAGAUCUGCGGCAUGUUUGAGCUCUCUCCUGAGUUUAAGCAGCAGCACUACCUGACCGGCCUGCUGCUGACCGAGCUCAGUGCUGCGCUCGACAUGGAGUCUGAGGGGGGGAAGGUGCAGCGGAAGGCCAUUAACGCCACACACAGCCUCCUGUCCGCCCACGACCUGGACCACCGCUGCACACGGCCCGACGUGCGGGCCAGGAUCGCCGCUCUCUACCUCCCCCUGGUGGGCAUCAUCAUCGACUCCCUCAACCACCUGGACUUCACCGUGGGCGGCGGGAAAGGGAAAGCGGGCGGGCCGGAAGAGGAACUGGAAAACGUCACUCCCAUCAAUCAGUCUGUCGCCAUGGCGAUUGCGGGCAACCCCUUCAACACGUUGGCGAGAAAUGCCCUGGCGUCCAUGGCCUCCGUGCAGUCUGGUAAGAGCAGUGCGACACUGAGCGCGGAGACCAGCAGGAACCUGCUCCUCUGCUUCCUGUGGGUGAUGAAGAACGUGGACCAGGGUCUGAUCCAGAAGUGGACCCUGGACAUGCCCGCCUCCCAGCUCAACCGCCUGCUGGAGCUGCUCACCAUCUGCGCCUCCUGCUUCGAGUACCGGGGGAAGCAGAGCUCGGAUAAAGUGAGCACACAGGCACUGCAGAAGUCCCAGCAGGCCAAAGCUCGCCUGGAGGAGGCGCUGUUGGGCGGGAUGGGAGCUCGCGGGGAGAUGAUGAAGAGAGUGGGAGGUAAUGACCGAACUAUCGGUCAGAGGGAGAACCUGCGAUGGAGGAAAGACCUCACCCAGUGGCGACAGACCAAUGACAAGCACGACAAAACGAAGGCGGAGCUUGACCAGGAAGCCCUCGUCAGCGGGAAUCUGGCCACAGAGGCUAACCUCAUCGUUCUGGACCUGCUGGAGACCAUCAUACAGGGCGUGUCUCUGGCGGACUGUAAGGAUAACGUUGUGGGCGGAGUUCUGCGGGUGCUGCUGCACUCUCUCUCCUGCAACCAGAGCACCAGCUUCCUGUCUCACUGCUUCAGCUCUCUCAGAGCGCUCAUCGUCAAGUUUGGGGACCUGCUGUUCGAGGAGGAGGCGGAGCAGUGCGCUGACCUGUGUCAGAAGGUCCUGCAGUACUGCAGCAGCUGUGUGGACAGCAACCGCAGCCAGGCCUGUGCUACGCUCUACCUCAUCAUGAGAUACAGCUACAGCUCCGCUAGCAACUUCUCGCGGGUGAAGAUGCAGGUCACCAUGUCUCUGGCGUCUCUGGUGGGGAAGUCGUCUGAUUUCCAUGAGGAGUACCUGCGCCGCUCCCUCCGAACCAUCCUGGCCUACGCUGAGGAGGACACGGAGAUGCAGCCCACCCAGCUGCCCUCUCAGGUGGACGAGUUGCUCCGGAACCUGAACAGCAUCUUGUCAGACACAGUGAAGAUGAGGGAGUUCCAGGAGGACCCCGAGAUGCUGAUGGACCUCAUGUACAGAAUAGCAAAGGGGUACCAGACGUCUCCGGACCUGCGGCUGACCUGGCUCCAGAACAUGGCAGAGAAGCACAACACCAGGAAGUGCUACACGGAGUCGGCCAUGUGCCUGGUGCACGCUGCCGCCCUGGUGGCCGAAUACCUGAGCAUGCUGGAGGACCACAGCUACCUGCCCGUGGGCAGUGUGACCUUUCAGAAUAUCUCAUCCAACGUGCUGGAGGAGUCUGCGGUGUCAGAUGACAUCCUGUCUCCAGACGAGGACGGCGUGUGUUCGGGGCGCUACUUCACGGAGAACGGGCUGGUGGGGCUGCUGGAGCAGGCGGCCGAGCUUUUCAGCAACGGCCAGCUGUACGAAAUGGUGAACGAGGUUUAUAAAAUCAUCAUUCCCAUCAUGGAGGCUCACAGAGACUUCCGGAAGCUGGCUUCCACACAUGACAAGCUCCAGAGAGCCUUUGAGAGCAUCAAUCUGAAGGGACACAAGCGCAUGUUCGGAACGUACUUCCGGGUCGGUUUCUAUGGCUCUAAGUUUGGAGACCUGGACGAGCGGGAAUUUAUCUACAAGGAACCCGGGAUAACCCACCUUCCAGAAAUCUCUCACCGACUAGAGGGCUUCUACAGCCAGUGUUUUGGCGAAGACGUGCUCGAGAUGAUCAAGGACUCCACUCCCGUGGACAGGAAGAAGCUGAACCCAAACAAGGCCUACAUCCAGAUAACCUACGUUGAGCCCUACUUUGACGACUACGAGAUGAAGGACCGGCUGACCAACUUUGAGAAGAGCUUCAACCUGCGGCGCUUCAUGUACACCACGCCCUUCACCAAGAGCGGCCGCCCGCGGGGGGAACUGAGCGAGCAGUACAAGAGGAAGACCAUCCUCACCACCAUGCACGCCUUCCCCUACAUCAAAACCCGCAUCAACGUCAUCCAGAAGGAGGAGUUCGACCUGACGCCCAUAGAGGUCGCCAUCGAGGACAUGCAGAAGAAGACCAGGGAGCUCGCCGUGGCAACGCACCGCGAGCAGCCCGACGCCAAGAUGCUGCAGAUGCUGCUGCAGGGGUCUGUGGGGGCCACUGUCAAUCAGGGACCGCUGGAGGUGGCCCAGGUUUUCCUGAACGAGAUUCCCGCAGACCCGAGACUGUUCCGCCAUCACAACAAGCUGCGUCUCUGCUUCAAAGAGUUCAUCACGCGGUGCGGGGAGGCGGUGGAGAAGAACAAGCACCUGAUCGCGGCCGACCAGAAGGAGUACCAGCAGGAGCUAAAGAAGAACUACAACAAGCUGAGAGAGAACCUCAGGCCCAUGCUGGAGAGGAAGAUCCCUGACCUGUACCGGCCAAUCAUCAAGCCCCGCAUCGAGAGCAGGGAUUCCUUCAAGAGGCUGAGUUUCAGACGAGCUGCAGAUGAAAAUUCCUGAGGUACCCCCCUCCCCUGACGCAGACGGAGGCUCCCUGCUGCAAAUAAGACAGAAGAGAGGAGAAGGGGAGAGCGAGAGAAGAGAGGAUGAGAGAGGAGAGAGGUGGUCUUUUAUUGGGCGAAGGCUGGAGUCUGAGACAAGGCCUGUGUCUGAGGGCCUGACCUCCACAUUUGAGCAUGGGUGCUGAUCUCAGAACAAAAGAUGAACUCCACAAUUCAUGUUUCUGCUACUCAACUCAAUGGAAACAUCAGGACUAAAUUAACUGCAUUUCAGUGUAUGCCAAUCACUGAUAUGGUGCAAAAAAGUGUCCACAUUCAUGCAGACAUUCUAGAAACUUCUUUAUCAAGUACAGAGGUUAUAGUAGGUUUAAGAUGGUCAGAUACUGAACAUUGUUUGUCCAAUUUUACACUCCUCUCGAGUUGAGUCAUUUCUGUAAUACACACAGGCGCAUGCACAAUCACACACACACACACACACACUCACUUGAGAUAGACAGAUAAGUGGUCUAAUAUAAUGAUUGCCCUAAUAUACCUUUAACAGUAGAAGUCCCCUGUGUAGACUCAGCACACAAACUGUCCUUUCUAACUGUUCCCUUAUAACGCAAAACAUGGUGUCUAUGAACGACACGUGCAAAGAGCAGUUUGAGCUGUCAGAAUCUUAUUUACAAAUAAACGACACUUUCAAUAGCGCAGAGAGCGUUCCUGUCAUGCGCAAACUUCUCUGCUCAGAGUAUGAGAACCGAACAGUUCAGGAAAACAACAAGAUGAUCAACAGUAUGUGGUAUCCUUUAGUCAAAUUCAAUUAGAUGUGCACAAUCGUAAGAGGAUAUUAUUUAUUUUUGGUGGUUUGUUCGCACAAGUCUGGUUUACAUUUCUCUACACACAGGAAAAGCUGCAAAGAAAUGAGAAACGAAUCGCUACGGUACAUUCAUUCCCUGAUCCCUGUUUUUUUGGUUUUCUCCUCCGACAAAGCGUGCCUUAUGGGGCGAACGCACCACAGACAUAGACGUAGAAAUGGGGGCCAGACCCCAAAACAUCUUGAGCGUUUCUGUGCCCGGACGCGUGCAGGCUGAGUGGGAAAGGCUGCUGGGUUUGUUCACAGCGGGCUCCGUUCCGUGCGUCUACGCUCCUGCUAGAGCCGCCCUGUUCUGUGUCUGGAGCUCUGACUCUCAUUGGAGAAGGCAAUGCUUGUUACAGAUGAAAACGAAGCGACUGAGGAGGGCAAUAAUGGUUUACAGAAGUUCCCAAAUUGAUUUUACUCCCCCCCCCCCCCCCCUCCUUAUUUUUCCACAACCCAAUUUCAGAAAGGUGGCCAUUUGGAGUGGCAGGCUUCCAAAAACUGUGCAUUUGAAACAAUGGUUGCGCUUUCGUUCGUACAAAAUUAAGGGUGAUGAGGUGUGACUGAAUCUUUCUAAUAGCUGUGCAUGAACAGAAUUUUUUGAUGUGGGAAACAUAUGCUGGAAAUAUACCAGGAGUAAUGCAAGGCCCCUGCAUGACUUGCCAAAUUUGAAACACAUGGAAUUAUGAAUAUUGUAAUUUUGAGUUUACAGUCAGACAGUUUUUUCCACCCGGAUCCAGCUGUACACACAAUAAGCCUAUACCAGGUCCAACUAAUUGACAUAUUUCAGUUUAAAUUUUUAUUUUUUACUGAGGUCAGUAAAAUAUUAUUUUUGUCCAGACUGAACAAAUGUACAUUUUAAGGUAUGAAAAAGCGUAGAAUUCUGUAACACAAGUGAGAGAGAUAAGGACAUGCACGUGUACAUUAAUUUUUGUUAACUUAUGGAUCCAGUAUAUGAACAUAUCAUAGUCUGUUACAACACAUUUAGCUGCUUUUCAUAAGACGAGAUGUAAGAGUGUAAAGGUAUAAGCACUGGAAUCUAUUUUGACAAGAUUUUAUUUUUUACAUUAAUAUAGGAUAACGUAUAAUUUGUUCAUAAAGACGAUGUGGAGUGAUUUAACAACCAUGUUGAAAUUUCAAUGUGACGCACUUGAAUCUAAUAAAUGUAUGUAAAAUUG